ACCAAUUCGGAAUUGAAAGUUUCUCGUUACCCCGCCAUCCCGUCUCUGGCGCCCGAAACCCGGCCUCCUUUCCAUCAGGGUCCGCGACUGGAUGCAAAAUUCCUCAAAUACUCCCACACCCACCUCCCCCGUUUUCUUUCACAUAAACUCCGCUCCUUCCAAGCCCUCAAUCUCUUUCCUCCUCUUCUUAACUUCAUUCCCUCUUGUAGGUUCUGCUUCCUCUGUCUUUUGCUUCGUCGCAACCAGAAGAAACCACAUCAGACACAAUGGCCACCAACGGUGUUAACGGUGCGAAGCACUACAACGAGGGAACCUUCCUCUUCACCUCCGAGUCCGUCGGUGAGGGUCACCCCGACAAGAUCGCCGAUCAGGUUUCCGAUGCCAUUCUCGAUGCCUGCUUGGCCGAGGACCCUCUCUCCAAGGUCGCUUGCGAGACCGCCACCAAGACUGGUAUGAUCAUGGUCUUCGGUGAGAUCACCACCAAGGCCAAGCUCGACUACCAGAAGGUUGUCCGCAACGCCAUCAAGGACAUCGGCUACGAUGACUCCUCUAAGGGCUUCGACUACAAGACCUGCAACCUCCUCGUUGCCAUUGAGGAGCAGUCUCCCGAUAUCGCUCAGGGUCUUCACCUUGACGACCGUCUCGAGAACCUCGGUGCCGGUGACCAGGGUAUCAUGUUCGGCUAUGCCACCGACGAGACCCCCGAGCUCUUCCCUUUGACUCUCCUUUUCGCCCACAAGCUCAACGCCGCCAUGUCCGCUGCCCGCCGUGACGGCUCCCUCCCCUGGCUCCGCCCCGACACCAAGACUCAGGUCACUAUCGAGUACAAGCACGACAACGGUGCCGUCGUUCCCCUCCGCGUCGACACCGUCGUCGUCUCCGCUCAGCACGCUCCCGAGAUCACCACUGAGGAGCUCCGCAAGGAGAUCCUUGAGAAGAUCAUCAAGACCACCAUCCCCGCCAAGUAUCUCGAUGAGAAGACCGUCUACCACAUCCAGCCUUCCGGUCUCUUCGUCAUCGGUGGUCCCCAGGGUGAUGCCGGUCUUACUGGCCGUAAGAUCAUCGUCGACACCUACGGUGGCUGGGGUGCCCACGGUGGUGGCGCCUUCUCCGGCAAGGACUUCUCCAAGGUUGAUCGUUCCGCUGCCUACGUCGGCCGCUGGAUCGCCAAGUCUCUCGUUGCCGCUGGUCUUGCCCGCCGUGCCCUCGUUCAGCUCUCCUACGCUAUCGGUGUCGCUGAGCCCCUCUCCAUCUACGUCGAUACCUACGGCACCUCUGACAAGACCUCUGAGGAGCUCGUCCAGAUCAUCCGCAACAACUUCGAUCUCCGCCCCGGUGUCAUUGUCAAGGAGCUCGAUCUUGCCAAGCCCAUCUACCUCCAGACCGCCAAGAACGGCCACUUUGGUACCAACCAGUCCUUCAGCUGGGAGAAGCCCAAGGCUCUCAAGUUCUAAAUUGGGACAAAUAUUCUCGCAGGUGGCACGGUCGCCCUUGCUGAUAUAGUCUCGUGAAUUUGUUGGCUAUCUUUUUUAGAUUCUUUUUAUUUUGGCAUUUACAAUGGGCGUACGGUUGGGUUUAGACAUAUCCAACGUGUUUCAUGUGGUCUUGUUUGCCUCGGGAGUUUAUGAAUACAAACAUCUUUCAUAAAGAGGGGGUCAGACCGGUGGGUGGUAGGUGUCUUUCAACAAAGACUUGCAUGAGCCAGGAAGGCCCAAUUCAUGACGUUUUGCGAUACCCGAAGGGUGACGAACAUUUGAGGAAUACAGCAUCGGCGUUCAGGGGAAAACAAAAGAACUUCAACAUCUUUUCGUUUCCUAUCCUAUAUCCUUAGACGCCGGUAAUUGGCCAUUGGCUCGGCAGUGGAGGAGACAGAGAGGUCUCUGUAGGACAGGCAAAGAAAAAGAAAAUGUAUGGAGCUCUAUGGGGUUUGAUCAUGAAGGAGGAUGAUGCCUUCAAAUUUUGAGGCGUCUAGCGUCUGAAGCGUUACUGGGCGUUAAUGAAUGAAGACCCAUUUGAGGACAAACAAUACUUCACUGCAUCCAUCUCGUUACUUGAGCCUCGCCUUGUAUUGACUUCCAGCGUCAUCUGACAACUUGUCACCUACGAAUCCUUCGGACACAAAGAGAAUAAUGGCGUCGACAACAAAAGAUUGUGCCACGGGUUCGUUAGUAUUGUCUUGCCCUCAGUGGGUGGAUUGGGUUUGACUCGCGGAUCGAUUUGUGGCAACCUUGUUAGCAUUGAGUUAAUUUACCAUUGUUGAGUCUCGAGCAGUGAUAUACCUGAGUAUCCGUAUUGAGUCCAUGACACUGCUCGCAGUGGCCGGGAGCAAAAUGGAAAUAAGUUGAAAUUCUGGAAAUAGGCAUGAAAACUUCCUUUGGCCGAUCCUUUUUUUUAGCGGGUAGGCAGGGCCGAACCGAUCUUCCUGUUGUUCUUCUUUGGGAGUUUGCUCGGUCAGCUCAAUCGUGGCCGGAGUGGCUCGAGAGUUGGAGUGAGCCAAAGGGCGUGAACCCCUGAUCCAUGGCUUCAACGGACCCAUCCAGUGCUGUUGUGCAUCGCCCGCAAUCGCAUAAGACAGGACAAAAGAGUGUUGUCUAUUUCAUGGCAUUGUGAGCGAUCAUCAUCUGGAGGGUUUGGGCAGGGCAUGCAUGCUUUGCUGUGUAAUCGGGGACCACCGCUCUGAUCCAUGCCGGGUCCAGUGCUUGUUCAAGUUCGGAGACUUUUCUCCCCUGGGGCCUGGAGACGGCCUAAAAGGGCAAAAGUCCCUUUCUCUGGGCAUGGACAGAAUACCAUGGUACUGAUUGUCGGCUCUGACUUGCAUCUUCUACCAUGUCUGUUCGCACCGAUUUU